UUGGACUUGAGACACUGAAUCAGAGAUGUUGAAGGAUAAUAGGAUAACAAAGGAGCGUGGGUGUGACUUUGUGUUGGUUUUGCGUUUAGUUUAAGCAAUGAAGUGGCCUAAAAGAAGCUGGAAUAGAUAAAGGCACACAGUUCCUCAAUAAGAAACACAAAAGUACGUAUUGAAAUACGUUGCCGUACGGUUGUUUGUAAGUUUGUGUUAUAGCGUCAGUAGAGUAACGUGGUGAUCUUUUAACCGUGGUACAGAAAUUUGCAUCUCGGCAGUAUGAGGUACCUCUUCAGAAGAAGAUACGUCAAAAGGUAUUGCAUUUAAUGUAACCAGUCAGCAAAUUAACAACACAAUCUAAGUUUAUUUCAUACUUAGUAAGGAUAUCAUAUAUUACAUUGAAGACCAUGGUGGGGAUUACAGUUACCAUAUCCCUGUUCCUACUUCCUGUAGGUCUUUGGUUACAGGGAAUAAUUGUCUUGACGACGCUGAAGAUAUUUCUAGCAGUAUUGCUUUUUAUAUACAUUGUUGUACCAUUCGUCUUCAGAUACACGUAUGCUUUACAGAGGACAAUGAUAUUCCUUAAUUUUGUGAGGUGGCCAAGGAAUCCUGACUUCAAUGUGCCAAAGAAGUAUGGUCUUGAUGGAACCAGAAAUUUUUAUGUUAAGACAACAGAGGAUGUUCAGCUUGGAGUAUGGCAUACAUUACCCAAAUCUCUCAUCAAUGAAUCAAAAACUGCUGAUGACGAGUUUUUUGAGAAGUCACUGACACGUGGUGAGCCAAUCAUACUGUACAUGCAUGGAAAUUCUGGGUCUAGAGCAAGUCCACAUCGUGUUGAGCUGUACAAGAUGCUGAGGAACCUUAAUUAUCAUGUUAUUAGUUUUGACUACAGAAGUUAUGCUGAUUCAAGUCCUGUGUCACCAUCGGAGACAGGUGUUGUGUCCGAUGGAAAAUUUAUGUACAGAUGGGUGGAGGAGCAUGCCAAAGGAUCUCCAUUGUUUGUGUGGGGUCAUUCUUUAGGAACAGGAGUGUCAUCACAUGUGUUAGAUCUGUUGGCACAAGAAGGAAAGAGUCCAUCUGGACUUAUCCUGGAAUCUCCUUUCAAUAAUUUGAGAGAUGAAAUAAAGGAACAUCCAUUUGCAAGGCUUUUCAACCAGUUACCAUGGUUUGAUUUCUUUUUCAUUGAUCCAAUAGAGCAAAACGAUCUGUUGUUUGCUUCGGAUAAGCACUUGGUGAAUGUUCAUUGCCCUAUUCUCAUUCUGCAUGCCCAGGAUGAUGUCGUUGUUCCCUUCAUUCUGGGCCAAAGGCUCUACAAAAGUCUUGAACAAACACGGCCCAAAGAUGCUGCUUCUGUUGAAUUUGUGAUAUUUGAAGAUAAGUACCGAUAUGGACACAAGUAUAUUUGUAGAGCUCCUGAAUUGCCUGACAUUAUUCAAAAAUUUCUUGGCAGUAUCUUGAAAAGUUAAAGUAAUCUUUCAAACACAGAGGUGCCUUGUAAGUACUGCAUUCUUGUAUUCUCCGGAGUUUACAUGUGAGGGGCAGUAUUUUAGUGUCAUUUGUUGUUACUACCUACCUUUUUGUGCUGUCAGUUUUUUUGUAAAUAAAAUCAACAAGUUUCUAUAAAAUUCUU